AUGGUCGACAUCGAGAAGACUUCCCCACAAAUUAAACAAAAUACUUUAACGCCAUUCCAGCAUGAUAAAGGUCAAAUAGGAAGUGAAUUUCCUAGGCAGAUUUCUCGCAAAGCAGUACCAAAAAUACGUCUGGAUUCUCCUACCACUAAUCAAAUAUCUCCAGUGAAGAAGGCAACGACGACAGCGAUAGCGAGUCUUCCAAAUGUAAAAAAGAAACGAAAAUCGAGUAGAAAGUUGUUUUCAAUCAGACAAACUGAAAGUCUUAUUAAAGCCUUAGAAUACCUCACAAAUUCUAUUGAAAAAAACAACUGGAAUCUUGAAAUGGAGUUCAAAGAAAGAGAGAAGAAUCCUUUAAAUUUAGAUCAUCGAAGAACAUUGCAACCACAACACGACAGUGUGAAUUCUCGUCGAACUUCCUCCCUAACUGGAAAAAAUUCUCGGCCUCGAAAUUAUAAUACGAAGUACGGAGCUAGUAAUCGACAUGAACACAGACGGAAAUCAAUUACUUUAAAGCAUAUUGAUGAAUCGGCACAGAAUCGAACAGAAAAGGUGGCUGUUGAAGUUCGAGUGGUAUUUUUGAAAAUAGGUGAAAUUGAUACAUUGAAAGAAUUAUACUAUGCAGAUGCAUUUCUGCAAGCCAAAUGGAGAGAACCUAGACUUGAUGGACAUACAGCAGAGGAAUUAAGUAUUACCGAAUUGGAGCAAUACUGGAAUCCCUUAUUGUAUAUUGACAAUAUCCUAAGUGAAACAAAAGAAACCCAAUGGAUUAUGGCUGUUAGAAGUGAAAGCGGAGAAGUCUACCUUAUUGAACGUAGACGAAUAAAGGGUGUAUUUUUAGAAACUCUGGAAUUGAAUGACUUCCCUUUAGAUGUACAGGAUUUAACCAUAACUGUAACCACGGAAAGACCAGAUACCGAGGUGGAUAUUAUUCCUGACCAGGUAGAAAUGUCUGCGAUAAAUAUACAGACAUUUGUCGACCAACAAGAAUGGAAAUUGCAUGAACAUGUCGAGAUUAAAAAACGUAUAAUCAAACAGGAAUAUUCUAGUUCAAUGAAAAGUCAUCCAUGCUUAUCUGUUACCUGUAGAGCUGCUAGAAGACCUGGUUACUUCUAUUGGAAUGUUUUUCUUAUAAUGUUCAUGAUUUCUGGUUUGGCUUUUGCUACAUUUGCUGUUUCACCGGAUAAAGCAGAACUUCGACUACGCUUAUCCUUUACACUUAUUUUAACCAGUGUCACCUUUAAAUAUGUAAUCACACAAAGUCUACCGAAAAUUUCUUACCUUACUUAUAUGGAUAAGUAUGUUCUAAUGUCGUUAUUCAUCUGUGCAUUAUCAGUUCUAUCUGAUACACAGUCUACAGCAACACCACUGCCAACAUCAGCAUCUGUGAAUACAACAUAUCCAGGACCUAGAAUAGUCUUCCCCUAUAUGAAUGCACCACCUUCAUCCAUAUCCUUAUCAUCAUCUCCCUCAACUAAUUCUGAGUUUAACAGCACUUCUGAUCGUUACCCGAUGAACAUAUCAAAUUAUGAUCCUGUAAAUAAAUUUCCGUCAACAGACACCAUAAAUACAUCAAAUGGAUUACAGCCAAAUUACAAUUCGUCCUCUAUCACAUCACCUGUUUCUUUAUCACAGAAUUCCACAUCUUCUAUGUAUAAUCAAAUACAGAAUGAUUCCACUCCGUCGUUAGCUGCUGUCAAUCAAACUUUCAGUUCCUUGUUAAGAGAACAAAACAGCGGUUGUAGUCGUAGUAAUCGUAUAGCCUGUUCUGACUGGAAAAUGGUACAACAAAUUGAACAGCACGUAUUCACAUCAUUUGUUACAAUAUAUAUAUUGGCACACGCUAUCUUCAUAUUUUGGCUUUAUUUCGAUGCAAGCAGACGUAGAAGAGAAAUGCGACAAAAGGAUAAAGACUACCGAGUUACAAAACAACCAAUAAAUCAAGAUUUCCACAAUGGUGAAUUCGUUUGCAUCUCUUCCGAUUUAAAGAAAAUGCUCAAAUAA